GCAACCGACGUGUUCUUGAGACGUAUAUACAUAAUAUGUCAUGGGGUUGGGUACAGUUUAUGUUCGGUCUCUUCUGCACGCCGUAACGUUGACUGGUGCGGUCUCCGGAACGGGCGCAGUUUUCGAUAGCAGGGAAACAGAGAUACUUCCGAGACUAUUAGAUUCUGCAACUUUUAAGUUAGUAUACGAGAGUCCCAGGGGAAAAAUAGACUGGAAAUACUAUGCGCCAUCAGACGCACUAAGUAGGGAGCCUCUAGACUGUUCGCUGAGAUGGUAUCAGCGUCACCCUAAUGAACUAUGCACCACCAGCCACUUCCAAUCCGAAUUUAACGAAGAUGGUGGGAGCGAAACUGUUGUCCUAGAAGAUAAUGCAGUAGACUCAGGCACGAGUACUGAGGUAUAUUCAGCGCGCACAUACAAGACUGCGGGUGCAGACUCUUACUCCGGUAUUGCGCAUCAUGCAUUCACGCGCAGUACACCGAUGCAUAUAGCCUCUGAGUGUGACGACUUGGGUGCCAUAGAGUGGUGGCUACAUAUACGCGCAUCGCCUUUGAAGUCACCUUUGCACAGUAUAGUCGAUCCUCUAUAUUGGAUCACAGUUCAACAACGGAAACCCAUCAUUGUGGAUGCGCAAAGCGACAUCUGUACAGGCGGAUAUGUGCGGAUAAUGAAACGGGGUCGACUGAUAGAUUCGGAAUUUGGCUUCGACUACCUGUUUUCCUAUCUUAAGGGCUAUUCGCGGGUGGCUCGCGUGGACGUGGAUCAGAUUGACACUAUGAGCUGGUGUUAUGCUACACAGGAUAAGAAUGACAAACAAGCCUGUGCUGAGGAAGUUCUAGCGAAGUUUCCACAGUUGGGAGUGACACAUAUAGUAGUGCACGUGUGUGAUUUCCAGAGCCUGGAGUAUCUUUGUAGUUCCGCUGUUAUGUACGGCAACCAGCUGGCGCUCAUGGGGGUGGUACAGGUGCAAUUAACGACAUUUGAAGAGCUUAAGUCUACAAGUCAAGGACAAUGUAUAGAUCCCUUUGUAGGGAUAAAGAAUAUAUAUGUUUCUAAAGGCUCACGCCCUAUGGUCGUACUUCCGGCAUGAUGUUGGCCUUCGCUGCUCCACUGCUCGAAUACGGAAUCUGCGGCCUCUCUUUGGAUGCUGUGCCACUGUAAGCAGCGUGAGAUGUGUAAGUGUACGUAUCCGAAGAAUUGGGGCGAAGCGCUCGUUACCUAAGGAUUCUCUUCUUCCAAUAGGCGUUGGCCACGAAGCUGAGUGUACAUCUGAACAUAUUCUUCAUAUAAUCGGCUGGCAGUUGGUCGGGAUCGUGUUGUGGUGACAAGUACGUGACAGAAUGUCAUAAACUACCAACAUGCUACAACCUUAUUCGGCCCUGCAUGGAUUAACAUACGUACAAGAGAUGCUCUCCAGACUUAACACAUAAAACACUCAACUACGCACAUGCCAACUCAAAUCUCGUCAACGGUCAACUCAAAUCUCGUAGACUAAAGUGGGAUGCUGAGCAUCACGAGGCGUAACACCGGGCAGUUCACCAACCCUCGCAUUUGAAGGUGUUUAGAAUUCAUACAUUGCAAUCUACUUGAGCAUUUAAGAUACAAUGUGCUUGAGCACCUGAGAUGCUUUUACAACUAAGAUAAAAUAUAUGUAUACGCG